AUAUAUGAUUAUUAUAUAUAAAGAUUUUUUUAUCGGGAAUUAUAGCGAGGCCGGUAUUUAUAAUCCGAUGGUUGACUUAAGAUCUGUUUAAUCAUAGACCUUUUAGGUAUGAACAAGCAAUAUGUAUCAGAUCGUGUCCGGAAGCGGUUAGAGACAGAAAUAUAUACUUUUAAUACUUCUCUUUCUAAAGUGUUCGGAAAUAUGCAUUGUACAUUGACCUGACAUAUACUGUAGAUUAAAAUAUAACAUAAGAUUGAAGUUGUACAGAUGCUUCUAUGUUUGUAACAUUAAUUAAAUUGUUUUAAUAAACAUUAACAAUAAUGUUAAUUGUUUUAUUUGAUUAUAUAUGAUAUUUUUACCGGGAUUCUACUUAAUCUCAGGGGUUAUUUAAAAUUCAAAACUGAGAUGCGCAAUGCAUAUUUCUUGACACUUUAGAAAGAGAGGUGGACAGAGAGUAGGAGAACAUUGUAUACAGAGUGAACAUUGAUACAGUCAUUAUAUUUCUGCAUGAAAAGUAUCUAAAAAGUCCAUUUGUCCACGCAUAAAUGGUGUUACGAAAAAUGUUAAUCUACUUUGUGUAUUAUAACAACAUGUAUGCGUGAACAAAUGGGAUACUUUUUAGAUACUUUAAUGCAGAAGUAUAAUGGCUGUAUCAAUGUUCACUCUAUAUCAAUGUUCCUCCACUAUCCCUACUGCAAAGUAUCUCUCGUUCUCUCUCUAAACCUGCUCCGGACAUCACUUCUCUACACAAACUAUAGGCAAUUGCCUAGCCAUACCUAGAACUAUGUGUUCAACCAAUCAAAUAGCUGCGUGGCGUCUUAAGCUCGGAUUUAAGAUAUUUUUAAUAAAUUUUAAAUAUUCGAUCUCUACACAAACUAUAGACAAUUGCCUAGCCAUACCUAGAACUAUGUGUUCAACCAAUCAAAUAGCUGCGUGGCGUCUUAAGCUCGGACUUAAAAUAUUCUUAAUAGAUCUUAAAUAUUCGCAUUAUGAAUAUCGGCUCGAAAGAGGAGGUGUUUUCUUUUCUCCCUUCUUAAUUUUUGAUAAGGUCUUAUGAAUCUAAACGCGUGUAUAUAUAUGUUUUCUUAAUUCGACAGAGUCAUUUGUUUGUCAGUGAGCCUCACGUUACGAUGGAAUUAUUUUCAUCCUUACUUUCGUCCUUCGGGUUGUUAUUGACUAUUUCGUUUAUCGGCAUUUUGAUAUUUGUCGCAGUGAUGUGUCAUAUAUAUUUUUACUGGAAAAAUAAAGGUGUGCUUUAUCAACCUGAUUCGCUACGAUCUUUCGUCAUGAAUUGCAAUAUACUUCUGCGCCGUAUAACUUUUUCCGACUAUACUCUUUUUAUGUAUAAUUACUUCCCGGACGCUCAAUAUUACGGAAUAUGGGAUUUUAUCAGACCUGGCAUAUAUCUGCGCGAUCCUGAACUGAUUAAAAAUGUGUUAGUAAGAGAGUUUGAAAAUUUCCAUGAUCAUCGCAACUUCCUAGAUGAAAUAAUAGAUCCGCUAUUAGGCAAAAACGUCCUUUUCUUAUGCGGAAAUCGCUGGAAAGAAAUAAGGAACAAGCUAACCCCUUCUUUCACCGCUAGUAAGAUGAAGGUCACCUGUGAAUUGAUAUCAAAGUGUGCUGGUGAAUUGGUCAAUUAUCUUAUUCAUCAUCAGGAGCUAUAUGCUUCGGUUGAGAUGAAGCAGAUUUUUCGACGAUACAAUACUGACGUAAUGACUACAGUGGUUUUUGGUAUAAACGUGAAUUCUUUGAAGGAUCAAAACAACGAAUUCUACUUGAAGGGAGUAGAGAUAAUUAACUCCUUUAACGGAGUGUUAACUAUAUUCAAGUUAAUGUUUUUGAUAAUCUUUCGACGUUUUGCCAAGUUGCUCGGUGUAACGGGAAUCCUCUCAUCAGCUAUCUCCGAUUUUUUUAAGAGAAUUGUUGGAGAAACUAUCAGAACUCGAGAGGAGCAAGGUACCGUCAGGCCGGACUUAAUUUAUUUAUUAACGCAGACUCGAGACAAGGAUGGAGCUAACAACCAGAAAAUAACGUUAGAUGAAAUUAUUUCGCAAGUUUUAUUCUUUUUUUUUGCUGGUUUCGAAACAUCUUCGUUAUUGAUGUGUUUCAUCGCUCACGAGCUGGCACUUAAUCCAGACAUUCAAGAUCGCCUACGCAAGGAAGUGCUGCAGCAUCUCGACGAAGGACACGAUAUAUCCUACGAAUUGCUGUCGAAGAUGACUUAUAUGGAUAUGGUGAUUUCCGAGACGCUCCGAAAGUAUCCACCACAGAUUAGCAUGGAUAGAAUUUGCACUAAGAAUUACGAACUACCUCCGUCGCAACCAGGUUACAAGAGCAUGACGAUCGCACCUGGUACUACAAUCAUGAUACCUAUUUACGCUUUACAUCAUGAUCCCAAGUACUUUCCAAACCCGGACAAGUUUGAUCCCGAAAGAUUCAGCCAAGAAAAUAAAGAUAACGUUGUUCCGUAUACCUACUUACCUUUUGGACAAGGACCAAGAAAAUGCAUCGGCGCUCGAUUUGUUUUCAUGAAGACCAAGAUUCUGAUUGCUCAUCUUUUACGACAAUUUAUUCUGAAGAAAACAGAAAAAACUGUUGAGCCUGUAUUCGAUAAGAAUAGCUUUAAUUUACAGUUUGAUGGUGGUUUCUGGAUUGGCUUGGAGAAAAGAGAUUCAUAAUAGGUUUAUAAAAUGUAAUAAUUAUUUUUUGAUACUUUCAAAGCAUCAUUGGCUUAUUUACAAUUUUCCACAUGUUUGAUUGUAUCAUUUUUUCAGCGUUUGAAAAUGUAUUUAAGAUUAUCGUAUUGUUCGAAUAUUAAGCAUAUUUUAUUGUACUUAAUUAUAUUUAAUAUACAAUACCGGUAAAAAUUAUAUCAUCUUUUGAUUUAUCAGCAUAAUAACUCGUUUAGAAAAACAUUCGAGAUCCGUGCAUUUUAAGGUCCGUAUUUAUAGUUGUUUCUCAAAUCUUAUCUCAAGAGCAUAUUAGGUGAGAUACUCAGAUUGGAAUUUUAUAUCUUGAGAUAUGGACGAUUUAAUAGUUAUAUUUUGAUUAAAGAUUAACUGAGACUAUUUACAUGAGAAACGGAACGAUAACUCACUUGAAAAACCAUCAAAUUACAACAAACCGUAUGAAAUCAUAAUUUUAUUAAACCGUAUCACUUAAGAUUAAUUUCAGCUGAGUUUUCAGCAGAAUCACGACUAUAAAUAUGGACCUAAAACAAGUUAUGCCGAUAAAAGCAAAAAGUGACAUAAUUUUGGUACUGUAUAUAUGUAUAUAUUAUAUAUGUAUACAGCAUUGUUAUCAUCUUUUAUGAUAUCAUCUUUUUCUGAUAUUAUCUUCUGAUAUAAUCUUUUCUGAUAUCAUUUUUUGACUUUUACAACAUAAAAUUGUUUUAAAGUGCACGGAUCUAUACACGAACAUGUUUUAAAAGACGGCAUUCACAUACACACCAAGAACCCAGAAGCAUCAUAUUCAGUUUCAGGAAUGUGCAUCUAAAAAUAUAAUAGCAUAUUUUAAUAGCAAAAAUUCUCAUUCAAAUUUUUAUUUAAUAUAUAAU